AUGGCACCCAUCACCAUUUCCCGCGUCCUUUGUGGGCUGCUCCUCUUUUUGGGUAUAUUUGCCCUCCUCGCUGACACGACCAAGCCGGGAAGUGGUCAGCUGUCCAAGGCCGAAACGCGGAGACCAGUCUCCACGACAACCCACGCUCCUCUCGUGGUGAGGAGGAGCACACGAACCACCACUAUCUUCACCACCGCCAACGUCACCCCGGUCAGCAACAUCAGCACUACCACCACCACCAGCAAAACGGCCCUCGCCCGCGCAGAACCCACCCCGUCCAACGUCGUCAUCAUCAUCAACGUACCGACCCCCGCCCCCGGAGCACCCACCCGCGGCGCCGUCAUCAUCAUUGAACCCUCCCAUACCCCCCUCCUCCGCGCCGCCCCUCUCCCCGACGACCUCGUCGCCCUCGACCGGGACAACCACCUGGUCUCAUGCUACAAAUUCGGCUGGUGGAGCGAGCGGCGCAAGUUCAUCCGGUCCAUCACGGACUUUUGCCACGCGCUGGACGGCGAAUCCAUGUCCCCGGUCGGCACUCGUCACCCGCUGACGGGCUUCCACCAGCACCAGUGGAACUGGAUGGAUCGAGGGUUCGAGCUCAUAGUCGAGGUGCACAUAGUGAUUUCGCUCGAAGUCAUGGAAGGGUGCGAGUGGGUUUUUGACGAGGGGGAAUGUGGGCGGUACUUGAGGAUGCCUGUCGACUUGUGUGAUACGGAUAGCGAACAUCACAAGAAGGGCGGGACGGUGGUAGGGCGGACGAGCUAUGGAGGGGAGAAGGAAGGGAAGACGUGUUUGCUUUGGAGGGUGGAUUGGGAGGGGCUUCAUGUGUCGGAUGCUGAGCCGGUGGAGGGGUACGAAGAUGGGAUUGGGGUUUAG